UUGGCAAGGUAGUGUUAGCAACAAUGGCUCUGUUUUGCUUUUAGCUGCAGCUGCGGUGUGCAAGUUGUUCUUUAUUCUAUGUGUCCACUGAUGCUCGUUGCUAGCUGUUUUGGUUCGAAAUAAUGCUGUGCGACUCGGUUCUGCUUGAAGUCUACGGAUGUUGCCACACAUGUUAAAGAACUCCAGAUUUUGAAUUGAAAUCUGUCUGAGCAGAAUGUGAGCGCUUCGACCGGGUGCCAAAAGUUGCGACUUGUUUCCGAAACUGAACCACGCGCGAUGCAGCAACUUGCACGAAACGUUCCUGCACGGUACCACUUAAAGCUGAAGAUGGCAGCUAUGUACGCGAUAGCAUGUUUUCUUGUGCUAGCUCUCGUUGCACUCAGCUAUCGACAACUGGAGAGCUUUGCAAAGGCUUCCGCUGCCCUAUCGUUGCGUGUGCCAUCUGCAGGGUUCGGCGCCGACCCUCCUCAUCCGCCUGUGUCUGUUAUUGCCAAGCAGCUGCCUUUAUUGAAGACAGCUGAUGAAGGGGCGGUCGACGUGAAGGACAAACUGAUCGCCACAAUGGAGCAGAAACUACGUGACUUGGAAGCUCGCAUCCAGAAACUUGAAAAGAAUGCACCAAAGACUUACCCUAUUGUGAAGCAGCUAGACUACAGAGAGAAGAAACGCAUCCUGGUUGCCGGUGGUGCUGGGUUUGUGGGGAGCCACCUAGUUGACCAUCUUAUGCAACAGGGUCACCAAGUCACUGUGGUGGAUAACUUUUUCACUGGCAGCAAACACAACAUUGAACAUUGGAUUGGCCAUCACAAUUUUGAGCUCAUUCAUCAUGACAUCGUCAGCCCAUUGUUCAUUGAAGUUGACUACAUCUACAACUUAGCAUCGCCUGCAUCUCCUCCCCACUACAUGAUGAACCCUGUGAAGACAAUCAAGACAAACACACUAGGCACCAUCAACAUGCUGGGGUUGGCAAGGCGUGUUGGUGCUCGUCUUUUGAUAACAUCCACAUCGGAGGUCUAUGGGGACCCGGCUGUACAUCCUCAGAAUGAGGACUACUGGGGCCACGUCAAUCCCGUGGGGCCACGAUCCUGCUAUGACGAGGGCAAGCGAGUUGCUGAAACCCUCUGCUACGCUUAUGCCAAACAGGAAAGUGUUGAAGUCCGGGUGGCUCGUGUAUUCAACACAUAUGGGCCACGCAUGCACCUUAACGAUGGCAGGGUAGUCAGCAACUUCAUUCUGCAAGCAUUGCAAGAUAAACCUAUAACUGUACAUGGCUCUGGCAAGCAGACCAGGUCAUUUCAGUAUGUCAGCGACCUUAUAGAUGGCUUGGUUGCUCUGAUGCAUGCCAACUACUCAAGACCUAUAAAUCUUGGAAACCCUGAGGAGCACACUAUUGAGGAGUUUGCACAGAUUGUAAAAAAUCUUGUUGGGGGAUCCAGCAAAAUAGAAUAUGUGAGUACUGUCAUUGAUGACCCCCAGAGGAGAAAACCUGACAUUACACGUGCCAAGAAGUACCUUGACUGGGAACCAAAAGUGCCACUAUUAGAUGGCCUUAGGAAAACCGUGGAUUACUUCAAGGAGGAAUUGACAAAGAAUAGCAAGACCUACAAUCCACAACUAAAUCAAAACUUCACAAAGCUAAAGUAACAGAUCCUCAUGUUGUUGUUGCCAUGCUCGCAUUUGUGUACUAUGCUUAUACAAGCUUCACAGGAUGUCAAUGCUUGGCAGUGCAAUGAAGGGACUGACAGGCUUACCAAGACUAGUGCUGUUGUGUUGGUGAAACUCAAGUGAGCAGCACACAAAAGUGCCAUUACUUUGAACAUGUUAUGGCAAACGUGAUGUACCUAAUUUGAGUUCCUUUUACAGAACACAAGCUGUAAAUAAGCUUUCUUGCUGAUACGCAGUUAUUGUUUGUUUGUGUGUGUGUGUGUGUGUGUGCGUACGUGCGUGCGUGUGCGCGCGCGUGUGUGUGUGUGUGUGUGUGUGUGUGUGUGUGUGUGUGUGUGUGUGUGUGUGUGUGUGUGUGUGUGUGUGUGUGUGUGCGCGCACGCGUGUGUGGUAUGGUUGAUGUGUACAGGGGCUGUAUUCUCAGAGUUUAGCAAAUAUUUUCACCUUUCUGUGACCUCCUUGGAGCUUGAGGACCAGGCAAUGUUGACGCUCGUGAGAGGUGUGUUGUUAUUUUCAUUGCAUCAACUUUUACUGGCUAAGCCUGUCAACAUGUGCUGUAAAUGAUAUCCUCUCAAGUGAUCAAUGAAGAUUACGGUCCUUGGAAUUAUAUUAAGACAAUUUUAGAAACAAAAUUCACAUCAUCACGCACAUUGAUCAGAAUCCAGAAAUCAGCCAUGCAUCGCACCUAUUCUCUCAAUGAACUUUGUUAAAGGUGCUCUGCCUAAAUAUAAAAAUUUUGUGCCCAUUUACAGAUUCGCUUCAGAUGUGUUGGAUUUCGUGUGUUGGUAUUAAUAGUGCAGUGCCCUCAGUCCUGCAUCUUGUUCCAAAAGAACACCUCGCUUUCCAAGUAACGUAUUACAGAACAUGGUAUCUUUGGGUUCUAGUGCUGAAGUGUAAAAAAUACGGGUGUCUGCCUGCAAAAUCUGCCAUCAGUAAGCAGUUGUUUGCUGCAAUGAGCUUAUUUAUCACUGUUCUUGCUACUAAUGCUUUCAAAACAUUCUUUUCUGUGGCAAAAGAUAGUGAGGUUCAGAUGUUUGUUUCUGAAGCUAUUGUAUGGCUUCUAAUCUCGCUGCUGCUUCUGCUGAGUGACAUGAAACACACGCACCAUUUCAGUUCCUAAUUGAAGUGGACAGCAGGCCCAGAAAAGAGGAUGGGCAACCUUAUAGAAGUGGGCGUGCAUUUGGUACUUAAGGGCACUUUGUAAUUUGCUGCUGUACUUGUAGACGACUUUCUGUGGAAAUGAAGAAAAAGCUACAGGGGCAGAACUUUUGCACAUGUGUUAAUGCAUCAAGUAGUUCGAAAGAACUUGACUGCGCCUGCGGUUUCUUGGAAUCAGUGUAGCUUCCACAUGUAAUGGUUUAGCAUUUGCUCUAUCACGGAAGAAAAAUGCAGAAAAAAAGUCAUAAAUUUAACGCUGAGUGGUGUAUUUAGUCUCAUGCUCUUGUAAAUAAAAUGCUUAUGUUUACUCUUUUCCAGCUUUAGCUAACUCAGAUGAGUAACUUUUUCAGGAGUGAAAGUGAAAGUUUAUUUUCUUUUCAACGAAAAGAGGGCACCGAGAUAAAAGGCAAGAGCCUGACAAGGUCCUGGUCACCCGUAGAAGAGCAGGCAUUGUGCACGAGCACUUCACAACAAAUUCACAAUGAAUUUCUCAAGCGUAGUGAGAAGCGUGAAGCAGUAAGUUAACAUGCAUCAGAUUUAUACUAGAAAAGAAAUCGAAUACACAACUUAUUGUACGAGCGGUAUAAAGAUACACAAUUUCUUUUACAAACAUAACAAUGUCAGUCUUAGAACACAGGAACAAUAUCACAAAGCUUACAACAUGUGCGUUAUAGAAAAAAAAUUUGAAAGGUAGUAAAAUAAAUACAAAUAAAUACAAAGUCUGUCGACUAAGUAAAUAUCUCAUUCUGUUUGUUCCAGUAGCUGUUUUUUAAUUGUAGAUUUAAAACGUUUUCGUGGAAGGUAAUAUUCAGUUUCAAAGGGAAAUUGAUUUAUUACCAUGGGAAUUCGGUAGCUUAGUGUUUGCUUGUCAUAAUUGGUGCGUGUGCUUACUUAUGUGCAUUUUGCCUCCGUAGCUUUCCUUUCAUUGCCACAGAAAGUUACCUGCAAGUAGGUAGUGUAGAUGCCCCUAAUGUAUUUUGACAUAGCAAACUAAAAGGGCCUAUACCCUGCACACUGAUAUAGCUGUGAUAUGUCAUGGGUAGUCGUCCUCCUCCUUUUUUUGUUUUUAUUUUUCUGCCCCGCAAUUUUUUAGUUGUGUAUGUUUAUGUUAGUUGUGUUUUAAUUGUAUUUAGAUGUAUGAUUAUGUUCGCAUUUGGAGUGCAUCACGUGUAUUAUGGCGUAAUCUUUGACACUUUUGGACAUCCGUCAACCGGAAGAACAUCCUCUUGGCAUUGCACUUUCUCUUCUUCUACGCUGUGCUGCAAAGAGGGAUGUGAUCACUCGGACAGUGUUCGUGUUUCCUUGUUGUUUUCACUGCAGAUUUAACAUUAAAGUCAAUGUUGAGGCAGUCAUGCAGUUUCAUGUAAAGCUAUGGUCAUCAAAAGAAACGAGUGAGUAGUCAUUCCUGCUAAGCUUGCAAGCACUGGCAUGUUCAAACACUUCCUGGUCCAAGUCAUGCACAUUAAUUUUCAGGGUAUGUUGCUCAUAUUGGCAUAUCUUUCCAUAAAACUGGCUGUCCCUUCUCUCAUUUACACGACUUCCUUUGUAUUUUCAACUAGCACUAUAAGGUGAACAUUCAAGGGUAUAUUACUAGUCUAAGCUCUACAGUAUAAUCUUAUGAUGGUAGAAAUUUUCACUUUCACUUAAAAAUUUUUCAUAAUUGUACAUUGUUUUAUUAUUUAUGUUUUACUAUGUGGUGUGCCUGCAUCAAAAUGCUGAGGGAUGCUGUGAGUGUGUGUUAGUGCUUGUGGGUGGUUCAAUUAUUUGUGCUCUAUGUGUCAACAGUUUUGUAAAUGCUGCGCAAUCAGCGAUAAGCUGUUAAGCAGCUUAUUACACUUUGCACUUUACAAGUAUACAUGUAUUUUGAGAUAAUUGACGUAGCUCAGAAUAAGUUAUUAUACCUUUUGUCCCAUAUGUAAAAUAUACAGCUGUCAGAAUUAAACAGUGUGUCUAGCAA